UGAGUCUUCUACAUUGGGGUCCCUUGUUUGGACACAUACAUCAUUGGCAGUGAGUCUCGUAUCUAUGCGUUGAAAUACUUCUAUAUUGGCGCGAUCCCUUUGAGUCUCAUAUUGCUGUAGCGUGGCAAGGUUUACUGCUGCAAAUCGUGGUAUUCAUUGGGGUCCCUUGUUUGGACGCAUACAUCAUUGGCAGUGAGUAUCGUAUCUAUGCGUUGAAAUACUUCUAUAUUGGCGCGAUCCCUUUGAGUCUCAUAUUGCUGUAGCGUGGCAAGGUUUACUGCUGCAAAUCGUGGUAUUCAUUAGUAAUAUUGGAAUAGUUUUUGGGGCGGAAGCUCCUGUCUUAGGGCUUGUAUUUUGUAUUGGCGUGAGCUCGCUGUGCUUUGUAAACCUGCAAUAUUUUGGACAGCAGUAUCAUGUGAUUAGUUCUUAAUCUGAAAUUUGCAAAAUAUAGAGCAAGCCUCCCAUAUUGGCGUGGGAAUCCUCUUUGCAUGUGGGAGUCUCCCUAGCACGGCUUCAUCUUUUGGGCGUGGCUUCUAUCUUGGCGAUCGGUUGCUAUCUUCCUUGAACACAAGCCUUAUUCUUGACAUAGAUUCAUGGGCCUUGGCGUGAGCCGAAGCUUCUUGUACUUGAGGGAUUCUCAUGCAUGUUUGUUGUGAGAACACAAGGAGAAGCGUGGACUUUGCUGGAGGGUCGAACUGUAUGGAAUUUGAGUUCCCCUGUUGACAAACAUAAGAGUUUGGCGUGGAUUUUAAGGUAUGGCAAAACAUAAAGAAAAAGAUCUCAAAUCAUGGCCAAUUUAUCUUUAUGUUCCAAAUCUUAUUGGAUAUGCAAGGAUAGUGGCAAAUAUUAUAGCAUUUGGAGAGAGCUUCUCCAACAAAAAUCUCUUCACUGCUCUCUAUUUUUUCAGUUUUGUCUGUGAUGAAUUGGAUGGACGUUUUGCCCGCAUGCUCGACCAAGCAUCUACUUUUGGAGCUGUGCUUGACAUGGUCACAGACAGGGUGAGCACUGCUGCUCUACUGGUGGUCCUUUCACAUCUUUAUAGGCCGUGCUUUGCAUUCUUUUUAGCUUUGCUUGCCCUUGAUAUUGCAAGUCAUUGGUUACAAAUGUACAGUACAUUCCUUUCAAGCAAAACAAGCCAUAAAGAUGUAAAGGAUAGCAAGAGCUGGCUUGUUAAGGUUUAUUAUCAACACCGUCUAUUCAUGGGUUACUGUUGUAUUGGUGCUGAGGUUCUUUAUUUGGUAUUAUACCUUCUUUCUGAAGAUCAACCACAUGGUGUGAUCAAGGUAUUUAUGGCUGGCAUAAAACGGAAAUCUCCACUGAUGCUUCUUGGCUUGUUGGCUUUGCCGGGGUGGGCAAUUAAGCAAAUUGUCAAUGUAGUACAGUUGAAGACAGCGGCUGACAUCUGUGUUCUGUAUGAUCUAGAACGGAAAAAGAGGCCCUAAGAGUUGUACUUUGAAGAGUGCUUUGAUUUGUUUUUGGAUAUAAAAUUGCACUUUUAUGGAGUCUCUGCCAUUAAUUUUACAAGAUGAUGGAAGCCUCACAAAAUACAAAUGUUGACUGUUAGAAUAUCGGGGUUCAUGUACCAUAUUUAUUAUUAUCAGGUUUUGUUCAUCACAUAUGUCAGUCUAAGAUUCUGUAAUGAACUGCUUGCUUUGAAGUUUGCUUUGAACUUUCACUAUAAAUUAAAUAGGCAAUUUAAGGCUGUUCAAAGACUAGCAGCGAAGCAUAGCAAUGACAAUUAAAUUCUGUUACUCUACAAGCAAAUUCGCCUGCUUCAAUCUUGUUUUAAUCUGUUCCCUCUUGAGUCAAAUAUUACUCUCAAAUUUGUCCA